AAUUGUAGAGAAGAUUGUGGAGGGAUUUUGUCAUAAUAUGAUUGCCAUGGAUCCUGUGCAUAUGGGCAUUUUUGUGUUUUUCUUUGGACAAGCGCAGGCGUCUGCGCAAGGAAACACAUAUUUCUUUUACCGAAAGAAGAGCGAGAGGGUGACAAUGAACUGCCAUCAGACACAUGAUGGAGGCAGCACAGUGUGGUACAUGGAUUUCGAUUUCAACAACAGCGUGGAUGUUGUGGUGAACUGCGCAAAUGAAAACAAACGAGGUAACGUCAUCUGUGCAGAUGAAAUGGAAAAAAUGCCGAUCAAAAAAGAGAAAUGUAAAAAGAUAGAAGAGGCCCUUAAGUGUGGAAGACAUUCCUUGGAAGUGUUGAAUCUCAAGACGCUAAACGGAAUGAUUGCUUGUGGUAACAGUUCAAACCACCACAAAGUGGGGACUUUCAUUGAUUUUCGUGAUGACGCCAACUAUUUCUUCUUGGCACUGGCUGAAACACAAGGCUCAGAAGUUGUGACCAAACCUGAAACAAGUUCUGAGUCAUCUGUGCAUGUAGCCAUAGGAAAUAUAAUUUCUCUUCCAUGUAGAUUUGAUAUAUCACCAAAGAAUCAGCCCUAUAUUGUGUAUUGGCUAUGGUUGAGUAUGGAGCGCAGCAUUUGUAUCCAUUCCUAUGGCUAUUUGUGUGGGAACUUCCACAACGACUCUCACUGUCGUGUUGACAGGGAUAUCUCGGAAAGGGUGCAUUACCGAUCUACGCCAUUCCCCGAAACCCACUCCCACACCCUUAACAUCACCAAUGCCAGAGCUCCUGACAGUGGACGCUACCUGUGUGUGGUUAGUGUGCUUGAAUCCGAAGCAAAAGUGAAGUGGGCUGUGAUACAGAAUGUGUCAGUUCUUGUGGAAGAUGUAAAAAUAGCUCUGCCACCUACAGAAUCCCCUAAUCAAUACUUCAAAAUACACCACCAUGACCGUAUUAUCCUGCUGUACACUGUGGGCCCUUUGGUACUUGUGGCUUUCCUGGUUACAAUAGUCUUGGUCAUAAGGAAGAAGUCAGACACCAGCAAGGGUACAUAUGAGCCGACAUUUAUAAGGACACAGAGACACCUGGAGAAAGAUGACACUCAAGACUUUGAAUGUGAGUACACUCUAUCCUACAAAAAAUCAAUUUUUGGUUCAUUUUCCAGAAACGUGGAGACAGACGUUACUGUUUUUUAUUUUUGUAGAGACCCGAAGUAGAUGGGCAGAAGUAUCCUUCUUAAGAUUCCAAAAACGCUAAAGACAAACAGAAACAGUUUUAAUGUGAAAUAUAGAUGCUAGUGAC